AUGAUGAUGAUGACGAGGAUGAAGUGGGGGGAGGACGGGACACACGGACGGGAGCCCCCGCGGGCAGCUUUGAUUGUUCCCCGCGGGAUAUAUAAGGGGUGUUAAGGAGCGGUCGUGUGCCAGACACGCAGCCGAAGGGCCCCAGGGCGCGUGCCACCGUUGCCCCCCUUCUUUCUCCCGGCACCCCCUCCCCUCCCCUUCACCUCACCGUUAUACCGUCGCGCUUUCCACCGUGAGGUGAAGGGGAGUUUGCCUCGUGCGGUUCCGGUACCGCCUGUGCUGCCGCGCAAGAUGCCGGUGAAAGCAGAGGAGCUGUCGGGGCCCGCCGAGGACGACCUGAUACUGGUGGGCCUCGCCUCGCCCGCCUCUUCGCCUUCGCUGCCGUCCAGCGCCGACGAGGAGGAGGAAGAGGAGGAGGAAGAGGAGGAGGAGCCGCGGCUGGUGGUGGAGGAGGAAGUGGCGGGCGGCCGCGGUGCUCGGCGGCGGGCGGAGGGCAAGCGGCGGGCGGGCCGGAGCCGCGGUACCCCUGGUACGGCGGAAACGGCGCAAAGGCUGAAGCGGAGCCGUCGGCUGAAAGCCAACAACAGGGAGCGCAACCGGAUGCACAACCUGAACGCUGCGCUGGACGCCCUCCGCGACGUGCUGCCCACCUUUCCGGAGGACGCCAAGCUCACCAAGAUCGAGACCCUCCGCUUCGCACACAACUACAUCUGGGCGCUCACCGAGACCCUGCGGCUGGCGGGGGUCCCGCCGGUGCUCCCGGGGGUGGCCGUGGGGGGAGCGGGCAGCCCUUCCUGGAGCGCCGGCACCGCCAGCCCUGCGCCCUCUGCCUCUCCCCGCGCUUGCACUUUAUCGCCCGCCAGCCCCGGAGGAUCCGUGUCGGAUGCGGAGCACUGGCCACCGGGAAGCUUCCCCCCCGCCACGGUGCCGCUGCCCCGCCGCUGCCUUUAGCCCGGUGCUCCCGGUCCCCGUUCCCACCAUCGGGAUGGCGGCAUCUGCGCCGUUUCCCACGGCUCUGGACCUGUCACCUGCCAAAACCAAACUUUCUAUUUUCUCCCUCCGAUGUGCACUUUGUCCAGCUCCCAAGGCUGUGACCGCGGCUUUCCACACACCCCCAUUCAUUCCGCUCUUCCCCUUCCACCAUCUGUCCCUUAGGAUUCCUCGGGGG